GCACGCGUCCCGGGAGGGGCGCGCGGGACCCGCCGGCGCCGCCACUGCGCAGCCUCCCGCGGCCUCCCCGCCCGGCGCAGCCUCCCGCGGCCUUCCCGCCGCCGCUCUCGCCCGGGCCGGCCAUGGCGCUCAACAAUUUCCUUUUCGCUCAGUGCGCCUGCUACUUCUUGGCCUUCCUGUUCAGCUUCGUGGUGGUGGUCCCGCUGUCCGAGAACGGCCACGACUUCCGCGGCCGCUGCCUGCUCUUCACCGAGGGCAUGUGGCUGAGCGCCAACCUCACGGUGCAGGAGCGCGAGCGCUUCACGGUGCAGGAGUGGGGCCCGCCGGCCGCCUGCCGCUUCAGCCUGCUCGCCAGCCUCCUGUCUCUGCUGCUGGCCGCCGCGCACGCCUGGCGCACGCUCUUCUUCCUCUGCAAGGGACACGAGGGCUCCUUCUUCUCCGCCUUCCUGAACCUCCUGGUCAGCGCCUUCGUGGUCUUCCUGGUCUUCAUUGCCAGCACCAUCGUGAGCGUGGGCUUCACCAUGUGGUGCGACACCAUCACCGAGAAGGGCACCGUACCCCACAGCUGUGAAGAGCUCCAGGACAUCGACUUGGAGCUGGGCGUGGACAACUCCGCCUUCUACGAUCAGUUUGCAAUUGCCCAGUUUGGCCUCUGGGCCUCAUGGCUGGCCUGGCUGGCCAUCACCACGCUGGCCUUCCUGAAGGUCUACCACAACUACCGUCAGGAGGACCUGCUGGACAGCCUGAUCCACGAGAAGGAGCUGCUGCUGGCCCGGCCGUCCCCACGCACCUCCUUCCAAGAGGAGAAGAGCGCUGUCAUUUAGGCACAGUGCAGGCAGGGGGAGCUGGCCCCGACCUCCCUGCUGCGCUCGGGGGCACGGGCCUGCCUGGGGAAGCAGCUGGGGGGCUCUGCCUGGGCCCUGACCACAUGCAGCCCUGCGUGUGUCCCCUCGACACCACGUGUAGUGAGGUGAGCGCCCCAGUGCCCACCUGUGAGCCUAGCAGUGGACUGGGUGGGUGCCGGCUCCCUGAUGAGGAUGGUGCAGAGAGACUAUGGGUGUGGGGCGGGGGCGGGGGGCACCUCCAGGCCUCGCACAGGGCCCCUUGGCUGUCCCAGUAGGACCUGACUGGCCAGCCUAUGUGGAGGGCGUCCAGCUUGUCUCCCCCAACCCUGGCCGGAUGCUGUCUCCAUGCCAGCUGGCCCAGGGGUGGCCAGACGUCACUCAGCCCUGAACGAAUUCUGCAUGAAUUCUGCCAUCCAGGCAGAGGCUGCGUGUGGGGAGGAGCUCACGGCACCUUCCAGCCUCUGGCCCCAGGUUGGCCCCCUCCCCAGCUGAGUCCCCCUCCUGGGUGGGUGCCAUAGGCCUGGGAGACCCUGUGGCCGGGCUCAGGGAGGCUUCUGAGGCCUGUGAGUUGACCUCACUGUGUGUGGGUCCUGUCUGUGCUUGGCUGAGGGUCAGGGAAGUGGUAAUCUGGGCUCCACAGAAUCGAGGGCAUCAUCUGGUUGGGGAUUUCGAGGGCACAUGUACCACAUAGAGAACUGGGCCAGGAGCCAUGGCAGGGGUCUGUGUGUGGGUAAGGGAGGAUGUGAUUGUGAGUGCCUUUGUGCAUGGGAGGGUGUGAUUGUGUAUAUGAGUGCAUGAGAGGAUGUGACUGUGCAUGUGUGGGUGUGACAGUGCAGGUGUGACUGCAUGUGAAGGUGUCACUGAGUGUGCACGAGAGGGUGUGACUGUGCAUGUGAGAGUGAAUGUGUGACUGCAUGUGCAGGUGUGACUGCAUGGGAGGAUAGUGUGCAUGAGUGUGCAUGUGGGCGUGACUGCAUGUGAGGGUGUGACUGAGUGUGCAUGUGAGGGUGUGACUGCAUGUGAGGGUGUGACUGUGAGUGCAUGUAUGGGUGUGACAGUGCAGGUGUGACUGCAUGUGAAGGUGUGACUGAGUGCAUGAGAGUGUGACUGCAUGUGAGAGUGAAUGUGUGACUGCAUGUGAGAGUGUGAAUGUGUGACUGCAUGUGCAGGUGUGACUGCAUGGGAGGAUAUGAGUGCAUGAGUGUGCAUGUGAGGGUGUGACUGCAUAUGAGGGUGUGACUGCAUGUAUGGGUGUGACAGUGCAGGUGUGACUGUGUGCAUGUGAAGGUGUGACUGAGUGCAUGAGAGUGUGACUGUGUGCAUGUGAGAGUGAAUGUGUGACUGCACGUGUGAGUGACUGCAUGGGAGGAUGUAAGUGUGCAUGAGUGUGCAUGUGGGUGUGACUGCAUGUGAGGGUGUGACUGUUGUGCGUGUGAAGGCUUGAUUGUGAGUGUGCCUGGGAGGAUGUGAGUGUGAGGGUGUGACUACCUGUGAUAUGAGUGUGCAUGCAUGUGAGUGUGAGGAGGAGUGUGUAGGUGUGAGUGUCUAGGCAGGUGUGUCUGCAGUGUGUGCAGCAUGUGCGUAAGUGCGUGUGAAUGUGCGUAUGUUGCAUGUGAGCAUGUGCACGCCUGUGCGUGUGAGCAUUGUGUGCGUGAUGGGAGCCGUGGGUGCUGUGUGGACGGCCCCUCUGCCCCUCCCAUGGGCUCCCACGCCCAGUAUCCACCUGAGAGAGGAGGGAGCUGCCUUCCCAUUCUGCAGAGUCUGUGUGCUGAGGCCCCGCAGAGGCAAGUGGAGGAGCUGGGAUGUGAACCUGGGACCCCAGCGUAGGGGGCUGCUUGGCUGUGGACCCUGCCCCUCAGGAAAGCCCAGGGUCCACCUCCAGAGGACUCGUUCCAGGGCGGGGGCAGGGGCGGGGGGCCUCCCCACCCGGGGCUCGAUGAGGGGCUGUCCGUUUCUUGGUUGAGUGCUGCCAAGUGCUCCCUGCUGCUGCACCCACCUUCCCAGGGAGAGGCGAGCCCCUAGCUCCCUGAGUUCGUGACCCACCCUGUCCACCAUCAGCAGCUGGCUUGUGUCUCUGGGUGGCUGGGCACCAGCCUCCUGGAGGCCACGUGCCUGGGUCCACAUGGAGGGUCCUGGUGGGGGCAUCAUCCUGGGUCCCGGGAGUGAGGCUGGCAGGUGCCCAUCGGGGGUGUCAAGUCCAGGGGGAUCGAGGCUCUGGAAGCUUAAGGGGGCUCUGGCCUUGGGUACCAGCUGAGUUUCCAGCUGGCAGCCAGGUCCUCGAGGGAAGAGGUUUGGACAGAAUCCGAGGCCCCCUAAGCUGAUGGGGUCCCCUGUCUCCCCUUCCAGCCCUGACCCACUGGACAUGGGGACUCUUUCCAGUCCGGAGAGCUCCUUGUCUGUGUCCCCAGCAGAAGGUGGGGUGGCUCCUGCCUCACCCUCUGCCCAGCCCUGAUCCAGGCCACAGCCAUCUAGGGCCCUGAAGGAGGGGCAGGAGGCAGGGGUGGCUUCUGGAACCUGAGGGUUGGCCCCGGUUGGGUCUGUUCUUGGGUGCUGCACUGCUGGAUCCCAGGAGCAGGUCUGGAACAGCCCCAUGGCUAGGGUGACGGAAAUCCUCGGCUGCAUGCAGACAUAGACCCACCCUGGACUGGGCUGUCCCCGGAGCCCAGACACAUCGCCCUGGGAAGGGGCAGCUGGGUCUGCAGUGUGCUGGGCAGGGGCUGGGGGCCCUGGUCGUGGGCUCUCCAGGGUCCCUCAGGGGAUUGGGCCUCUCCCCAGGCAGGAAGGUGGGAAGUGCAGGCAUGACCCGGGGUUCCUGAGGCGUGUCCACCAAGUUGCUUCUGAGACGCCUUCGCUUCUGUCCUGGCUGUCUGUUAAUGAUAUCCCUGUUCUAAUUCCACUCUGGCUAAACUGAAAGUAAAGAUCCUUAAGCUUA